AUGUGUAAUAACGAACAAUUGAACAACAAAAGACAAAGUUUUUAUUUACAACCUCUUGUGAGGGAGGAGACAACAGAAAGCGAAACAAAACUGAGAAGUUUUAAUCAUGUCGUUGGUGGAUGUAAACAAAGAGAAGAGAAAGAAAGUCAGAAAUGUGGAACAAGAAAAACUUUCCUUAAGAAUUUAAGCUCGUGUUCAAACGCAAUGUUCGCUUGUCACAUUGUUUCGCUCAUGAAAAAUAUGUUAUCGAUAUUUCGAAGGAAUUAUGGUUAUUACAACAAACAACAGGAUAGCAGCAUAAGGGAAAGCAUUAAAGAAAUCACAAUGUUUGUUUGCAUAAAUUGGCUCAGAGUCAGACAGAAUUUUGACCUUUCUCUGUUCCAUUUGUUGGGUGACAAAGUCAUGACCAAUAAUGAGUGA